UUGGCCUAUUUAAGUCCUUUUGCUUGGCAAUAGGGUCUUUCAGAGCGUUGUUGAAUAUACUCUGAGGGAGAGAGAGAGAGAGAGAGAAGGAUAGGCUCAAGAAAUGGCUCCUAGUCGGAACUUCAUGCCAGAAGAGUACAUGAUCAAUCAUGAAAGGACUAAUAAAAUGAGUGCUUUUGAUCUCAUCAGUCACUCUGCCAUGUCUUGCUAUUCUAAUCCAUACAUGCCCUUAUUGGAGGAGGGCAAUGCUUCUGCCUUGACCUUCCCUUAUUUGGAUGAAAGCGGAAACCACAAGAGGCUGAAAAGAACUAUAAGUAUCGCGGAAUCCAUGUCAAGUCAUAACAGCCUUUAUGGUGGUGGAAGCAAUAACAGUUGUGUUACCAACGGCAGUAUCAGCCGCAGCGGCAGCACGAAUAGCUUGAAUACCUUACCAAGGCUUCAUUUCCGAGACCAUAUAUGGACUUAUACACAAAGAUACCUUGCUGCUGAGGCUGUUGAAGAGGCAGCAGCAGCCAUGAUCAAUGCUGAGGGAAAUGGAGCAGAGGAGGAUGGAACUGCUGAUGGGAUGAGGCUUGUUCAGCUCCUCAUUGCUUGUGCUGAAGCUGUUGCUUGUCGCGAUAAGUCACAUGCCUCCGCUUUACUGUCUGAGCUUCGGGCCAAUGCUUUGGUCUUUGGCUCUUCUUUUCAGCGUGUGGCUUCAUGUUUUGUCCAAGGCCUUGCGAACCGCCUAGCCCUGGUUCAACCACUUGGGGCUGUUGGGUUCAUUGGAUCCCCAAUGAACGCCAAAGAUUUUGCCUUGGACAAGAAGGAAGAGGCAUUGCGCCUUGUUUAUGAGAUUUGCCCCCAUAUUCAGUUUGGUCAUUUUGUGGCCAAUUCAUCAAUAUUGGAAGCCUUUGAGGGAGAGAGUUAUGUUCAUGUGGUGGACUUGGGGAUGACCCUUGGUUUGCCACAUGGAGACCAGUGGCGCGGCUUGAUCGAAAGCCUCGCUACCCGUGCAGGCCAGCCACCUAGCCGCCUAAGAAUAACUGGUGUUGGCCUGUAUGGUGACAGAAUGCAAAUCAUUGGGGAUGAGCUUGAGGCCUAUGCUGACCGCUUGGGAAUAAAUUUGGAGUUUUCAGUGGUGGAAAGCAACUUGGAAAACCUGCGUCCUGAGGACAUCAAACUGCUUGAUGGUGAAGUCUUGGUUGUCAAUAGCAUUCUUCAGUUGCAUUGUGUGGUGAAAGAAAGCAGAGGAGCUCUUAAUUCAGUUCUGCAGAUGGUUCAUGAGCUCUCACCAAAAAUCUUGGUUCUUGUUGAGCAAGACUCAAGCCACAAUGGACCAUUUUUUCUUGGGAGAUUUAUGGAGGCACUGCACUAUUACUCUGCAAUCUUUGACUCCCUAGAUGCCAUGCUACCAAAAUACGACACUCGGCGUGCCAAGAUGGAACAAUUCUACUUUGCUGAGGAGAUCAAGAACAUAAUCAGCUGCGAGGGACCAGCAAGGGUGGAGAGGCAUGAGAGGGUUGAUCAGUGGCGCCGGAGAAUGAGUCGUGCAGGAUUUCAGGCUGCACCUAUUAAGAUGCUGGUUAAUGCCAAGCAAUGGCUUGGGAAGAUCAACGUGUGUGAAGGCUACACCAUUUUGGAAGAAAAAGGUUGCUUGGUUCUUGGUUGGAAAUCCAAGCCCAUUGUUGCUGCCUCCUGCUGGAAGUGCUAAUUAAACCUUUGAUUUGGUUCCUAAAUCCCAACUCAGAGCUCAGUUUCAAAAAAAACAAAAAAUAUCCCAACUCACAGUUCAGCUUUAAGUUCAAAUAAAACAAUCCAGGAUUCUUGGAAGGGAGACUUGGGUGACUUUGUUUCUAUGUCAAUGGCUGCAAACUCUUGUGUUGGAGCAGUUAGAAAAUAAGUGAGUUUGGCUUUCAAUUUGAGCUGUUUGGGUGAUUAAACAGAUGGAAUAAAGAAGAAGCCUUGGUGGCUUGG